CAUUACAACGCAGUUUUAUGAAGUCCGCUCGCCAGAUUUCCAAGGAGUUGAAUGCGCAGAGGAGGAGUUUCACUGUCUCUCUGGAUUGCCGCCAUCACUGUGACGUCCUGAUCACCAGACACCAUGUACUGCCUCCAGUGGUUACUGCCUGUUCUCCUUAUCCCAAAGCCCCUCAACCCAGCAUUAUGGUUCAGCCACUCAAUGUUCAUGGGCUUCUACCUACUGAGUUUCCUGUUGGAGAGGAAACCUUGCACAAUCUGUGCCUUGGUCUUCUUGGCCGCCUUGUUCCUUAUCUGCUAUAGCUGCUGGGGGAACUGCUUCUUGUAUCACUGCUCUGGCUCCCAGCUGCCGGACUCUGCCCAUGAUCCCAGCAUAGUUGGCACCUAAAACCCUCCGCUUGGUUGCAAGCUCCUCUUCCCUUUUUUUUUCUUUUAAAAGAACAGUUCUGUGAGAAGGCGGGAUUAUGAGGCAUGUGAUUGGAGUACAAGCAACCUAUUUGUGUGUGUCUGGAUUAAAGUGUUUCAUUCAUGAUCAGUUACCCUCCCACAACCUGCCUGUAAAAUUUGACAAAAGCUGUCUAUGGUGUUGACUCUGGUGUUAACAUCUGUGUUGGGGUCUGAAGCCAUGCAGUUCGUGGGAAGGGGAGGUUGG